UCUAACCUUAACAAUAACAACUAAUGUCUAGACUAAGUCCUUUAGGUGGCUUAGGCGUAAUUAAAGUUUUAAAGGCUUAAUUUAGCUGAGAUACACUUACAUACAGUAUGAUACAGGAGAACGUACAACUAGUAGGUCCUAGAAUAUACAUAUUGUGACUGGUGCAGCAAACCUACAUUGAAAAACUAACAAAAUGAUCAAAAGGCCGAACCCCCAAGAGAGUGAAGAAGAUUUACUCAAAUUACAGCAGCAGUUUUUAUCUUCUCAUGCAUCCAGCUCGGCUCAAUUCAAACGACCAGAUAAAAGAAAAACUGAACAUGACAAAAGUGACUUUGAGAUUACACCAAUGGAAGGAGUGGAAAAUUCUGUUCCAGGAUCAACUGUUCCCACUAAGAAGUCUAAAGUUAAAUUCAGUGAAGACGUCUCACGACAGAGAUCUACUCAAAAAGAAGAUGAAGACUUAGAGGAAAUGAUGGAUAAGCAAGAUAGAGGGCUAGCUGCGGUCCUCACUACCAUAAUAGAAAGGGACACAAGAAAUGAAGUAUAUAUAGCCCCUGUUGUUGGGAGACAAGCGUUUCCGUCAGCUGUUACCAUGGAUCUACCAAUAAAAGACAACAAUACAAAGUUACAAACUGAGCAGCCGAGGGCGAAAAGAAAAAGCUUAUUUGCACAGCAAGUUGAGGCUCACAGUGUCAAAUAUUUUGGAGUUGAGCCCACUCCUCCAAAACCUGUCCUCGAAAACAAGUCUGGUGCAGCGGAGGAUAAAGUGUUGCGGGUGAAGAGAGCAGAUAUACCAGGACCUUGUUUUAAUUAUGGUGCUGGACUGAGUGCUUCCAGAAGUGACCUUGAGUCACAGAAAAUUCAUGAAGAGAAUUUACAAAAGUUGUCCUCAAUGUCAGAACAAGAAAUUUUUGAGGAACAGCAGAAACUGAUACAAACUUUAGAUCCUAAACUAGUUGAAUUUCUGAAGGCCAGGAGAAAGGACAAAGUGCAGCAGAUGAAUGCAAGCAGAGAUGCUACAACUAAAGAAAAAACAUUCUCUGUGAAAAAGGAAUAUAAAAAACAACAAAAAAAUUCAGGGUCUCCAGCGUCUAAUGUGGAAUUACCUUUCAAGCCUCAAGGUACCUGGUUGAAUAUGUCCAAUGUUGAGAGAGAAAAGCUGGAAUGGAUGAAAGAUUUACCUGCACCGUGCUCCACUUCCACAGAGACUGGAAGACCUGCCAGGUUUGACUUCCAGGGAAAUCUCAUGGCUGUGGAUGCAGACGUGCCAGUCAACCUUGGCCUUCACCAUCAUGGAGAUGAACCUGAGAGAGCUGGUUACACCCUUGAAGAAAUCUUCCAACUGUCCAGGAGUUCUAAUAUUCAACAGAGAUCUCUUGCUUUACAUACUUUAGCCAGAGUUAUUUCUAAUGCCAAAUCUGGACAUCUGACAGACAGGAUAAGUAGUCCAGUCCUUCCCUCUAUAUUGGACGGAGGUGUGGUCAUUCUGCUGCGCUGGGCUCUGGAUGACAAUGUACCUAGCGCUGUGGCUGCUGCUGUCGAUGCUCUUCAUGCUUUACUGUAUAGCCCAUUGGAUGAGAAAGGCAAAGAUUUGAUAUGGCCUUGGUUCAAUGGUUACCUCCUGCCAACUUUAACACCAGCGGCAACUCUGGAGAAAGAAUCCCAACCUGAGGACAUGGAUGAAGAGAACAAAGAAGAGGAAACAGAUGCAGACGUAAUCAAACGAGAUGUGGUUCUGGCACUUGUUACACGCAUGGAACUACUCACUCGUUUCAACUACUUGCUUGAUAAAAUGCAGCUACAGCCAGAGACUAUCAUUCAAAUUUUAGAAAUUCUCCAAAGAAUUGCUCAGCAUUCUGGGACUAUGGCAUACGAGAUUUUUAAAUGUCCAGGACUGAUGGACAAAAUAGUUCAAGAGUUUCUCCCCACAGCAUGGAGUGUAGCUGAUCCAGCCCAACCAUUACCAUCUGUCUAUGGAGUACCACUUCCUGCUGCCUUGAGAUUGAUCAGACUAAUGUGUCAGUCUGGACGCAAUUUGGCAUCUAUUUUGGACUCAAGAUACCAUCUCAAUCUAAUAGUUUUACGUUUCCUUGCUGUUAGUGCCAGAGAUUUACAAUUACCGAAAGUGAAAUCCAUCAAUCUACAAACUGAAGCCUUGGCGUUGUGGAGAGUUUCUGCUACUUAUGGAAUCUCAACUUCAAUUUACUUUGACCUUUACAGCAAUAUUGUCUCCAUGAUUAGCAGACUUGAAGUCACAUGGUCAUCUGCAGAAGAUAGAGACUCACUGACGUAUGAAAUUGGUUUGAUAUCAGUCUUAGAGAAGUUGGUCUGCUUAGCUGGAUGUUCCCCACCUGACAUUAAUUUGUUAAAUUUAGACUCAUCCCAAGCAGAAGUGAGUUUCAGUCCUUCCCUCAAUUGGAGUCAUGUGAUAUCACUUCAUCCACCAAUUGUCAGUCUGUCACGUUCUUUGUUAAACGACAUUGGAUCCAACUAUCCAGUCCAGAAACAAGAUUUGAAUCUUGCCACCGUGUGUCUCAACUUCCUGGCCACUUUUUACGAAACAGAGGCCAAACAGCGAGGGCUAGAUGAAGUGUCAAGACUGGACUCCAUCAAAGACUAUUGUUCCGCAUCGCUGUCUCCAUUUUUGUCCUCCUUUGGUCUGUCCAUCAUUAUCAACAAUCUUUGCUCACAUUCCAAUCUUUUAAUCGAGGGCGGUGGAGCUCCAAUGUCUGAAGCAUCUGCAAAUCUUCCGUCUCUUGGAGUUUUCAAUGUCCCUGCAAAUGAAGGGCAAAGAUGGACGUUUAGCGUCCCAUUGCUUCUCCCACAUUCACCGUUUGGAUUCUUCACCUCAUUGCUGAGAUUGUGUUUGGCACUUUGUCACAGAAAUAAAGACAUGAUACAGUUUCUGUUGCCAUCAAUCGUCCAGAACAAGGAUAUUUUACUGUACAUGAAAAAGACAGUCUCUGCUGGCAAGUCCAAUGUCAGUAUGUCACACUUUACUCAGCCUGAAAAUAUAUUUCAAUUUUAUUGGUUGAAAUGUUGCUGUCUUAUGCCAUGUUUGGAAAUGGAUGUGGCUCACAGAGUUGCCCUGCGACUGUUGUCUCGACUUCAUUUUGGGGAUGAACAUCUGGCCCACGAUCUUUUAUCAACAGUCAUUUUCUCCACUCUUUUCAUAAGUGAAGGAGAGGAAGUCACACUGACCUCUCAGUCACUGACCAACUUGAAACUAUCGGAAACACUUCACCUCAGAAGCGCGACUCAAGAGGACAUCAAUGUUAGCCAGGGGCAGCUACUCCAAGAAACUUUCAAAUCUCUCAAUCAGAUAAGGGGGCAAUAUUUAAUGUCGUUUAGUGGCAUGGAGAAGGCUGUUCAAUCCUCAAGAAACAUUUAUCUGGGUAAUAGUGCUGAUAUUCUGUCACUGUUGGUCAGAAAUCCAGAAGAAAGCUUGAUGCCAAAAGAUUGGGUGUUCAUGCCACUGAUCCACGUCUACAACAGCAUGGCACACAUGGGUGCUAAGGUUGACAAAAAUGUAUCCCCUCAAACUGUAGCCAGGGUGACCAGUGUCUUGAAAUGGAUCUAUGCUGUAGAGAUCUGGCGGCCAGCAGAAAUGGACAGUAUGUCUGUAUCGCUGAGACUGUCCAGAAUCUAUUGUGCUUUUAUUGCAGGUUCAGAUCUCUUCCUUGAAAAGCCAGUGCAUCAUUAUCUUGCUGGACUACUAAGAGUGCUGACGUCACACAAACUGAUACACAAAAUGGACUUGGAGGAAAAAAUUCCAGGAAUCACUUCUUUUUAUGAUCUUUUUCAAGAAGUGUUGGAUCACUAUGAAGCUGAGUCCUUUGGAGAUCCAGUCUUUGCCCAGUAUGUUUUACUGCCACUUCAACAGAAACACAGUCCCCUGCUGAGGCGGGGAAUUUGGGAGGAGCGUAGGAAAAUGUUAAGAACUUUGCGUGUUCCAUUGGAGGAGUUGCUGAUACCUGUAGAAAACUUUCUGUAUCCAGAAGAAACUGAUCAUCGGUUGCUGCAGCUUUACUCUGUUGCCCUAGCAACCAAGGCAGUGGUUCCAACCUGGUCCCCUGUCAUGUACCUUGUGGCUGUCCACCACCUGAACAGAUUCUUGUAUGUAUCUCAUGAUGAUGGGAAUCUGGCUCUGAGACACAACCUGUGGGCACAAAUCUUGGCUCAUAGAGACCAGGUCUCGGAUGUUAUCUACUACCAGCAAUACAACAGUGAUUCUAAGUAUGGACUUCAACUGUAUGGCCAGCUGCCAGCCAGCAGACAAAACAUGGUGGAUCAGCAAAUGAAUUUAAUUCAUGCCCAACCUGGCAAAUAUUGAUGAGAUGUAGCUUAAUUAGAUUCUAGUCUGUGCAGAGAUAAGUACACUGUCCACACAAGAAAGCAGUCCCUCUAGACUCAAAAGGAGUUAUUUUGAAAGUUUGAAGAAAAUAGGGUUAUAGUUUAGAUGCCCACAUACCUUAACUGACCACCAUGUUGUUUUUAAGCAUAUUUAUCUCCCUUAUCUAUAUUAAACUUUCAAUAACUUUUUUUAAAGAGAUUUUUGUUCUUAUGCUGUCAACUUAUGAAUUUUUAAGUGUAUGUACUGAAAUGAGGGUCUAAAAAAAUGUUAAUAAUAGAUUGAUGAAGUUGUUUCUUCCUUUUUUCAAUAACUUUUUUAAAGAGAGUUUUUUGUUCUUAUGCUAUUAUUUUAAAUGAAUUUUAAUAUUAGAUCUAAUAGCUGCUAGAAAGAAAGACAAAACAGCAACAGAAAAAUGUUGGCAAGUAAUUCAAGGGAGAUAGUCUAGUAUUAAGCCUUAAAACCAAAAUGGCGUAUUUCCAAUGACAAUAUAUAGUAAUAAGAAAUAAAACUUAAAAAUAUAUAUUUUAAAAACUAUUUAUCUCCGAGGAAAUCAAAUUACAUAUUUGUAAUCUGCAUUUUUUUUCUGCAUAUUCUCAAAAUAUAAGAGAAACCUGAUUUAGCGUUUCUAGUCACAUAAACUAAUACC